GAAGCGCUUGCUUGAGGUGAUCGACACUUUGGCAUUUUUUAGUGCCAACCUUGUUUUUCAAAAUACUCCAGACGCAAUAGUCCAACGGAUUGGUAUUCGAAGAUUUUGGUGGUCAUUGUGCGCUGGAAAUGAAGCGAGAAACCUCAUUUUGUAACCAUUCUUGGGUGGCGCGUGCUGAGUGCGAUGGUUCUGAGUCCUGUUGGAAUGUCCAAGGUCUGCGGCCAAAAUGUUUGCGUGAUCAAGGCUUUAAUACACCCUCCAUAUUAUGUUUGCGAUAAUGUUCGGCAUUUAUUCUGAUGCCACGGUCGAUUAAUACGAGCGAAGAGCGACUAUCGGCUGUUAUGGCGGCCCACACCGUCACCAUGGCCGAGGGGUUCUUGAGUUCUGGUGGCCAACCGAAGAUGCACAUUUUCAGCUGACCUCUUUGGCAAUUAAACACGAUCAUUUUGUUUGUUUACAAACUGCUGGACAGCGAAUGUUUUCUCAUCGGAGAAAACCAAAUUCGUCAGUACACCACUUUCGGCCUAGCGAAGCAAUUUUUUAGCUCUUUUGAGUCUAUUUUCUUUCUGUUGCGGUGUAAGUUCUUGCAUUUUUUAGAAUUUGAAUAGCUUUACCCCUCAUUUGAAUUGCUUUACCUCAUUUUUCAAUAUUUGCCGAAUGGAAUAUUGCGACAGUUCAGCUUACGAGCCAUUUUUUGGCCACUGCGACACGGGUUUCGAUCAAGUCGCUUCUUUAUUUUUCGAAACAUUUCUGUUGAUGUUGCUGUUUUCUUCCGUCCACUUCCUUGACGUCGGGCUACGCUACCAGUAUCACGGUAACUAGCGAUGGUACGAGACACAAUAGAUUUAUUCACAUUUAAAUGCUGGAGUGCUCUAACGAUAGCCACUUGCUGGUUUUCCAGCCAAAUACAAAUAAAUCACAUUAUCAAGCUUGAAUUCCGUCACGAAUAACUUUUUUUCUGGAAAAUUCUCACCAAAAUGCGUUUGUACGCUUGUAAACAAUAUAAUGAGCUGUCACUUGAAUAAUUUUUACAGCUGUCGGAUAAGAAAUGACAUCAGUCUGAAGUUUGUUGCAGUUUUUUCAUCUCACCCUGUAUUUAGGUUACACUGCGAUACAAAUCUUAAAAACGCCGACACACGUGUCUUCUGUUUUUAGCUAUACUUUCAUAACCCACAAGGUUUCCUCUGUAAUUAUUUUUUGUUUUGCACUCUCAUCUCAAAAUUCGAGUGUAAAGACGGCAAAUUUUCUCAUAUUUUUACCAUUUUUUAAUGGAUUUAUUUCUAGAGACCCGAUCUGAUGAUUUUUUUUGUAGUCAAUUGAAUUUGUUUUAAUAUUAAUUUCAAUUAACAGCAACAAUUUUGAAAUAUGUAUACAUUUCUAGCAGAGUUCAAGGUCACUGAACGUAAUAAAAUAAGAAGCAUGAAAAAGGCAAAAAAUUUGGUUUCAAACACUAAUUACAACAAUGCAAAGAAAUAUUUUAGGCCUACUGGCUUCUUUUUCAAGAUGCUAUGAUAUAAAUUUGCUCACUUUAGUGUCAUAAUGUUUGUGGAGGCGGCAUGCAUCAAUGGCGUUAAAAUGGAAAUUCAAAAUUUGUUUAUUAACAAAGCGUGAAAAUAAUGUCAUUCCCCUCUUGCUAUUUUAUUUCACAUUUCUCUGGUAGCUCCAAAUGGAUUUGGGCAAUUACCACCCACCACCACAUCCACCAUAGAUGAGCUUUAAUAAAAGCACUUUAGCCUCAAGACUGGCUCAGAUGUUGGUUGUUUGUUAACGCGAUUGGAACCAGUGUCGAGUGAGGUACGCAUAUCAAAAAGUGACAGUUGCAAUGUUGACAGUGCAUCAUUACCAGAAGCGUUACUACGCUCUCCAGAUGUUGCUCAUGGCGUCGGUGUUAUUUGUGAACUUUAACAACUAUGAGUUUACGAGCAGUGUUACUCGACGUGCCUUUUACACCACGAAUACAAAUUCUUCAAAUUUGUUACGUUUUCGGGAUUUUGAACCGCGUAAUUAUGCCACAAUGACCUCAGCUGCUUCGAGGACCUCUAAUCUUAUACCCAAUUCCAUAUCAAGCGAUCGUAAAUCAAGAGGAUUACAAUUUCAUGCCGAUGAUAAGGAUGUCAGCAUUGAAUUGGAAUUUAUAGUGCCUUUUGUGCGAGUACCCAUCGAACGUAGUAUGACCGUGGCCAAAUCGGCUCUACGAAGCCUUUUCAAUCUAAAUGUUAGUUCAAUAUUGACAACCGGUGCCGUGAUAGCUGUGGGUGGCAUUUUUGCCAUAAUAUUGAAAUUUCUUUUUACCCCAUUUGUCCCGGCCUAUGCGGCUUUUCGGCAAACCUCGCGAACUUCCGGAGAAUAUAAUUCUACAUUAUGGCAAGAGAAUGAUAAUACAGAUUCAAACACACAGAAUAUUUUCUCAUUUAUUGAGUCCAAAAUGCAUGAGAAUAACAUCAGUGUGUGUUUUCAAAAGUCGAUUUGUGAAUUUGUUCAGAAAAGUUCUUCCGGAAAUAUUGAAAAAGUCAUGGAUGGGGUUUUAAGUUUGGAUUCUAUACGCAACAUUAUAAGCGGAACUGCUGUUGAGCAAGCUGUGGAUGCGGCCCGAAGUGGGGAAGAUUGUAAUGGUCAGUUUUCGAAUUGCAAUUGGAAUACCAAGUCGUUGAAGCGAAUUUUCAGCAUGUUUACAACAUUAAUAAAAUAUUUAAAAGUUACUUAAAAUAUUUGA